CGAUCAUGCCACUCUACCGUUCAAGUUCAACAACAUACAUCAAACACCACUCGCUCGAUCGAGUACAGAGCUCAGCAGCAAGAGACUGCCGUAACUUUGUCCAGAUUAGACUUAACUCUCGUUUUCGUACAUAUUUAUCAAGCCCCGCCACACAUUGACGCGUCCGUAAUCGCUUUUUGAAAGUUCGCCAGUUCGUUCACAUGUGCCCAAGAGGAUCUAAUCCUUGUUCUGAUUCCAGUGCUGUGUUUCCCUUGUCGCCAAAAUGAUUUUACCGCUCCCUCCGAGCAUGGAGACUUCGAUAUUGGAACUGGUGAUAUUCACGGGGUUCCUCUACUGGCUAUGUCCCAGUUUCAUGAAUUCGUUGUUGGAAAGAAUCGCAAGGAUGGUGGACAUCGUGACGAGUCGUAUGUUCGAGUCCUUCAACAGGUUUUCGCCGAGCAAGACGGGACAGACGGACUCCAUCACGAGUUAUGGCAAAACGAAGAGGUUUUCGAGGGAGCAGAGAUGUAAAAAGGCGAUUUCGAGGGAAGCAGAUAUAAAAACGAGGGAGAGUCAAUUGUUGGAAAUCAAGGAAAAAACUCCAAAUUUGCACCUAACAAGACCGAAAUCUUUCUUGAGACUCGCCUGUAGAAACUGCACUUUCACCAGUCAUGAAUCUCUCGUCAACAAGACGACAGAAAGGAUGGCCUUACAGAACAUGUUCAUCCGUCACUAUCCAUACGAUGGAAUUAUCGGAAGGUACUUCAGCGAUAUCUACUACAAUUGGAAGGCCAAAGAAUUCGAUUAUAUACUAGCAAACGACAGUCUCCUCGAUGAUGAAUCGGUGAAAAAUUCGGUGGAGCUCAUGACUAGAGAACAGAUCGAAGACACAAAAAAAGAAGGCGAUGAAGAAUUUUAUGAGAAAUUGAAGAAACUCAACUCGGAAAGAGCUAAAAGACUGCUGUAUACUAUGAAAUCUGCCUUGAGUGAUUAUGUAUUGAGGUGUAGUAACUGGUUUUUCCACAAGAUGUUUCCGUUAUUUUUGAAUUCGGUAUUGGUACAUCCUGGACAGAUAAGCAUGAUCCAGGAAGCUAGUAAAUCGGGACUUCCACUCAUCUUCCUACCCCUUCACCGAUCCCAUUUAGAUUACUUACUUCUCACGUACAUACUCUUCAAUCAUGGGAUAAAGCCACCACUGGUUGCGGCAGGGGAUAAUUUGAAGCUUCCUUUCUUUGGUCAAGUAUUGAAGGGUCUUGGCGCCUUUUACAUUAAAAGAAGAAUAGACCCGAUCGAAGGCCGUAAAGACCACAUAUACAAAGCAAUACUGCAAACCUACAUCAAACACUCGUUGAAAAGUGGCCACAAUAUAGAAUUCUUUAUUGAGGGAGGUCGGACAAGGACCGGGAAACCCUUGAUGCCAAAAUAUGGCAUAUUCAGCGUCAUCGUCGACUCCCUACUGGACGGCACGAUAGAAGAUGCGUUAUUGGUGCCGGUCAGCAUGAAUUACGACAAGUUGGUCGAUGGAAAUUUCACCAGGGAGCAGCUGGGCGAACCCAAAAAGAUGGAAAGCGUCUGGAGUACCAUCAAAUCGUUGUGGAUGUCCAUAAAUGGCGAUUUCGGGAUGGUGAAAGUGGAUUUCAAUCAGCCCUGUUCCCUAAGGGAAAUGAUAAAGGCUUUCAAACCGGACGUUGAGAACAUUCCUAUAGAAGUAAGGACACACCGAUCAACAUGUUCAGUCUCCAGCAUUUAUGGUACCGAUGUUGUUGCAAAUACCAACAAAAGCGUCAUCGAAAAUAUAUCAAGGCAUGUAGUGUAUGAUGCCAGCCAGUCGACUUCUGUUAUGGCCACAGAUGCUGUGGCUUUCCUUUUACUCACAAGAUAUAGGAAUGGAGUUUCUAUUGAAGAACUUGCAACGGCUUUGGAUACCUUGAGGCAAGAUUUGGACUUUUCCCAGAAGGAGUUGUCGUUCCAAGGCAAAUCCGUAGAUGUGAUAAAUUACGCAGUAGACAUGCUUGGACCCUCGUUAGUACAAAAAGAAAAGGUUGAAUCGCAGGAAAUCAUCAAACCCCGAAUAGAAUUGCCCAAUUCGAUAGAAUUGAGCUACUACAGCAAUAUUUUGGUUCCUCACUUCGCCUUAGAUUCCGUAAUAGCCCUAGCUAUCAAUUCGUUAGAUAGAAGUAGCGGUUUUAUCCAGGCCGAUCAUUUGAUGGAAGCAGCGACAGAACUGUGCAAUAUACUACAGUAUGAAUUUAUUUUCUGCAAGCCCUGCCAGACGCUGGACAAUACGAUUCAGUGCUACCUAGAUGAUCUCAUUUAUAGGAAGAACCUUUUCAUCAUGGAAGAUGAAUCAGCUAUGCAAUCAAGGAGUAGAAGAAUGGCCAGACAGUUUGACGACGACGAUGAUGAUGAAAACAUUCCUUAUAUAUCCCCUAAAUAUCAAUUGAACAAUGAUCCCAAAGUACUUGAAUACCUCGAAUUUUAUCGAGUAAUUAUACUUCCUCUACUUGAAUGUUAUGCUGUUAGCGCACAAACCAUAAUUUCUCUAACCGAUGAAACCAUAUUGGAAACAGAUCUUAUCAAGGAUAUUUUAGACAAUCUACAGAUGCAAUUGUUGAAUAAUUCAGUAUUAUAUAGCGAAUCGGUGUCCACUGAUACAGUGAGAAAUGCUCUGAAAUUAUUCGUUACUUGGGGAAUAUUAGAAUGCCAUAAUGAGGGGAAACUGCGUUUGUACUACUUCAGGGAACUCGAGGAUAAGAAGGAGAUAGCCAAAGACAUGCACAAUCUGAUCAACAAGUACAGACCAAAAGCAAUGUGAUAUUAUUCAAGUUAGUUUAAGGAAAUAGAUCAUUUUCUAAUACUUUUGUACAUAUUAGGCUUACUAGUAUAGUUUUGUGAUAAGUCCAAAGAUCUUCUAAUUGAAGAUGACAAACGAGCACAGGUUUAUUCUCAAAACAUCGGCAUUAUUUUAAAUGUCUCUAUAUUAUUGAUAUUUUUUGAAUUUAGGCAUAGGAAAUGGCUUAGGUAGUCCUGAGAACAAAAGUUUUAAAACUUACAAGUUUCAUCUUGUUAAUUUUGUUACGUUUAUUUGAAAAUUGUGAAAAAUAUAUUUAUUUCUUAGAA